AUGGAGCUGGUUUGCGAAAAUGGGAAGAUUCUUGCAAAGAGUCGAAAAACCAACAACAAGGGCUAUUUUCAGAAUCAACGUACGCAAUCGAUAUUGGAUUUGUAUGAGACCGAGUACGAUGAGAGUUUCAAGAAAAACAUCAAGAAUCUUGAAGAGACACAAGUUGUUCCUGUGAGUGACGAACAAACCAAUAAAAAAAAGAGGACUAAGUCCUCCAAGAAUGAAUCAGAGAGAGAUCUUUUGAAAGGCAACAAACGUUUUGAGGCACCAACGUUGAAUGAUUAUUCUUUGAAAGGUUUAAAGAAUGUUGAAGUCAUCACAGCUCCUCCAGAUGCGCAAUCUGAAGCUGUUGGAAGAUCCACAAAAUUGUAUUUUAGGCCUUCAUCUAUGCUUUCUCGAGGAACUUCUAGAGAUCUAAGUUGUUCUUUAAAGAAGAGGAAGUGUGGAGACAAUGAAGAAGAAGAAGAAACAACCUAUCUAAGUAAUAGUUCGGAUGAUGAAUCAGAUGAUGCUAAAACACGAGUUCCUGCGAGAACAAGAAAGACUGUAGCUAAGAGAAAACGAAGCACAGAAGUCCAUAAGUUAUCUGAAAGAAAGAGAAGACACGAGAUCAGCAAGAAAAUGCGUGCUUUGCAGGAUCUACUACCUAACUGUUACAAGGAUGACAAGGUAUCAUUGUUGGAUGAGGCUAUCAAAUAUAUGAGGACACUUCAACUUCAAGUUCAGAUGAUGAGAAUGGGAAAUGGAUUACUACAACCAUCUAUGAUGCUACCAAUGGGUAAUUACUCUCCCAUGGGUCUAGGAAUGCAUAUGGGCGCAGCAGCAACAACACCAGUACCACAAUUUAUGCCUAUGAAUGUUCAAGGAACCGGUUUUCAUGGGAUUAACAAUGCAUCAUCACAAAUGCUAAAUGCCUUUUAUAAUCAUCCCUCAGGAGUAAUCCCAAAUUCUCCCAUGUUUUCUCCAUUAGAAAGCUGCUCCCAGCAACUGGUCGUUCCUUCAUAUUUGCCUGAGACUCAAACUACUUCCUUUAGUCAGUUUCCAAUGUCUGCCUCGACCUCGAACUUCGAAGAUGCUAUGCAGUUUAGAGGAAGCAAUGGUUAUUAA